CUAAAAUGUGCUAUGUUAGUGAUGGUGUACAAUAAAUUACAAAAAAGGAAGAAUUUGCAAUUGAUACUGGAAUAAAGAGUGAUGAUUUGAUUAUGCAUUCAACUCAAGGAAAAUCUAAAGAAAAUAAGGAUGAUUAAUAUUCAUAGUGCUCGAAUAAAAGUGCUCUUCCUUAAAUAAUUUCAAUUGAAGAUGAACUCUUAAUUUAAUCUACUUUGAAUUCAAGUGUUCCUCUGAAAUUGAGAAAAAUAUUAAUGGAAGAUGAUGCCUACUAUGAGGGAGAGUGGAUGUAAGGUAAACGUUGGGGAUAGGGAGAAUAAAGAUGGCCAGAUGGGUAUGACUUAUCUUAAUUUGAGUUUUUAGAUCAAUUUACAUAGGGGAAUGGAAGAACAAUAAAGCAAAUGGGUAUGGUGUUUUGACUCAUUCUGAUGGAGAUGUUUACAAAGGAGAUUGGUUAAAUGACUAAGCUCAUGGAAAAGGAGUCUAUAUAAACUUUAACCAAGCUAAAUAUGAUGGGGACUGGGUGAAAGAUAGACAAGAAGGGCAUGGUAUUGAGAGCUGGCCAGAUGGGUCUAUUUUUGAAGGUAGUUUAUUAAGAAAUAUAUUAUAAGGAAAUUACAAAUAAGGAAAAAAAGAAGGUUUUGGAAAGUUAUCUUAUCCAGAUGGCUCAACAUAUGAAGGCAAUUUUUAAAUGAAUAAUCUUCAUGGUUAAGGAAAAUACAUUUGGCCUGAUGGGAGAAUAUAUGAAGGAGAUUGGAUUAAUAAUUAAAUGAAUGGGAAGGGUAUAAUGAAGUGGGAGGAUGGUAUGGAAUGCAGAUUAUCUAGGGAGAUAGUAUGAGGGAGAAUAUAAGGAAGGAUAGAAACAUGGUUAUGGAACAUUGAUAUGGGAGGAUGGUCAUAAAUAUGUGGGUUAAUGGGUAAUGGGAAAAUAAGAAGGGAUAGGUGAAUAUUUCUUUACAAAUGGUAUUUCUCGUAAAGGAGUGUGGAAAGAAGGCAAACGAAUCUAAUGGGAUUGA